GUCUUUCUUCAUUCAAACACAACACUACACACAUUUGUUCAUAUAUAAAUAUUUCUCUUUAACUCUCACCACCAAUUUACAAAACAAAAGAUAGAAAUUGUCACCUUUUUCUCUCAUUCAAGACAUAUGCUUAUUAUAUGAUUUAUAUGCUAUAUAUGAAUCUUAGAAAGCUAUCUUCAAAUUCUUCACUUACUUCAUCAUAAAAUCAAGCCAUAUUUGAGGAUUCCUUGUGAGAGCAUUCACAACAGGUUCAUACCAGUCUCUGGUACAUCAAUGAUUUCUUCUGGUUCCCUACAACAAUUAUGAUUCCCAAGCAAUGAAACUCAAGAAGAGAAAAAAACUAUAUUCAAAAGGGAAGCUCCAUACAACAAUUAUGAUUUCCUUGAUUAAUAAGAGGUGGUAUUGCUAUGCCAAGACAAUGGCAGAAAAGAAUGCCGUGGAAAUUGCAAAAAGAGAUGCCCUUGAUCUAAUUAGCAUUUGCCUUACUCAUGUUAUGGGACCAUUGUCAAAGUCACCCACUAAUGCUAAUGUUGCAUAUAGAAUUUUUGGUGGUCAAAUGAAGGGUAAGUAUUGGCCAAUUGUGGACGUGAGGGACGUAGCAAAUGCAUUACUUUUGGCUUACGAGAAUCCUAUAGCUAAAGGGAGAUACAUAUCCACGUCCCACACUAUAACCGAAAAAGAUCUGAGAGAGAAGAUGAGGAUUUUAAAUCCCAACUUAAACUUACCCCUCACAAUGUGCGUUGAAGAUGAUGAUAUCUAUGAGGAGGUGAAUAGCUAUGUUGAUGAGGAGGAUGUUAAACGGCAGCUGAGCUCUAUGAAACUGCAGAUAGAUUUGGAUUGGAGGUUCAAGCCGAUCGAGGAGACAUUGGCUGAUAGUUUUAGAAAUACUAACAUAAUGCGGCGCUAUAAACCAGAGAGAGCGCUAUGUCGUAUAUUUCAUAACUUAAUUUUUGUAAUAAGGAUUUAUGUUUGGUUUCCAAACAGUGUCUGUCUGCUAGUGACAGGUGCUACAGCAGACCCAUUCAUGCUUACUUAUGCUUGUACGCAAUCCUCAUAUCUUAGGGUUAAUAUGAUUGAAUCCCAUAUAUAUUUCAUGGUUAUACAUGCUAUACAUUUUCUUAAGCAAGUGUUUGCGCAUAUCAGAUUAAUUAUGUAGCCAAAUUUGGUAUUACGAGUCGGAAUUCUCUCAGAAUUCAAAGCGAAGGUUGAAGAGUCGGAAUUCUCUCAGAAUUUAAAGCGAAGGUUGAAGAUGUUGCUUGUAUUUUGUAUAUUAAACUGUAAGUUACUGUUAGCUUGAGUCUACAUAAACAAAUUAAAUUAUUAUAAUAUAUGUAGCAUUAUGAAAUAUGAAUAUUGUGUUAAGAAAAGCAUAGUGGGGUUUUGUUUC